AUGAAUCAUGAUUCAGUGAUCCACUAUGUGAGUAGGGUCACAGAGAAUGACGAAACCAUUGCACUUCAUAUCAGAGAUCCAACAGUCUGUCUUCACAGAGGUGAGCUCACAUUCCAGCCUACCUAUAAGUAUGACACUGGCUCCGAUGACUGGGACACCAGUGAGAAGUGUCAUGCUCCUGCCUGGUGUGACUGGGUCCUCUGGAAAGGGAAGAACAUAAUUCAGCUGAGUUACCAGAGCCACAUGGCCCUGAAAACCAGUGACCACAAGCCUGUCAGCUCCAUGUUUGGGGCAGGUGUUGGGAUGAGGGUCAUAAAUGAAGAACUGUACCGGAAGACUCUGGAGGAAAUUGUUCGCUCCCUGGAUAAGAUGGAGAAUGCCAACAUUCCGUCUGUGUCUCUGUCCAAGCGAGAGUUCUGUUUUCAGAAUGUGAAGUACAUGCAAUCGCAAAUAGAAUCCUUUACGAUUCAUAAUGGACAAGUACCCCGUCAGUUUGAAUUCUUCAACAAACCUGGUGAGGAAUCUUUCUGUAAGCAGUGGCUGAAUGCCAACCCCAGCAGAGAACUCCUCCUUCCAGAUUCUGACAUUGAGAUUGAGUUGGAGCUCUUUGUAAAUAAGACAACAGCUACAAAACUCAACUCUGGUGAAGAUAAAAUUGAGGACAUUCUGGUUUUGCACUUGGACAGGAGGAAAGAUUACUUUUUGUCUGUGUCUGGGAACUACCUUCCCAGCUGUUUCGGGUCCCCCAUUCAUACACUGUGCUACAUGAGGGAACCAAUCUUGGACCUACCAUUUGAAACUGUUAGUGAGCUGACUCUGAUGCCAUUGCAGACUGAAGAUGAUGGCAGCCAGUUAGAGAGACCCAUGGAAAUCCCCAAAGAGCUCUGGAUGAUGGUGGAUUACCUGUACUGAAAUGCUAUCCAGCAGGAAGGUCUGUUUCAGCAGCCAGGACUGAGAUCAGAAUUUGAACAUAUCAGGGACUGUAUGGAUACUGGAAUGAUUGAUAACCUCUCUGCUAGUAAUCAUUCCGUAGCUAAAGCCUUGCUGCUUUUUCUGGAGAGUCUGCCAGAGCCUGUUGUCUGUUAUAGUUCCUACCAUAACUGCUUGGAGUGUUCUGGCAAUUACACAGCAAGCAAACAGUUUAUUUCUACUCUUCCCACAUUCCACAACAAUGUCUUCAACAACUUGAUGGCGUUUUUGCAAGAAUUACUGAAAAAUUCAGCAAAAAAUCAUUUGGAUGAGAAUAUUCUAGCUAGCAUAUUUGGCAGCUUACUGCUUCGAAACCCAGCUUAUCACCAAAAGCCUGAAAUGGCCGAGAAGAAGAAGGCUCAAGAGUUUAUUCACCAGUUCCUCUGCAACCCACUCUGA